UAUUAAUUUAUAUAUUCUCAUUUUUGAUAUAUUUGAUAAAUUUAAAUAAUUACAUAUUUUUAAUUUCGUGACGAUCUUCCUUUAACUCUAUGUAUUCAAUCUCAUUUUCAUUUACUGAAUCGAUUUUUCAUUCUACACAUUAUACAAAUGACUUAUUUCGAUAAUUGGAAUGAAUUCCUUCACGAAGCAAGACUUCUUUACUUUAGAACACCAUUGAAGACUAAAUACGUUUUUAAAUAUAUAAAGGGAAAAGGAAAAAUAACAUUGAAAGUUACUGAUAAUAAACAGUGUUGUAAAUUUAGAGUUGACCCAGAAUCCAGUUCCAGAUUAAUAAACCAAUUUAACGCCUUGUUUUUAAACUGGUCCGUUUCAAAGGAUUUAUCAUCUGCUGAAUACCUUCCACUUAAAAUUACACCCUCAAAACCUAAACCUAAACAGAAACGCCUCGGUCGUCGUAGAGUUUGA